GCGGGGCUACCCGGCGAGCACGAGGAAAGGAAGGUGGAGUAGAGCGCGGGUCCUAGUGUCUGUCUGUCCCCGGCAAACCCUUGCCCCAGCCUGUACGCGCCCGGUACCGGCGCAGCGGCGUCUGCGUGGUGGUUCCCUGGACGCUGAGCCGGCGGUGGUGGGAGCUACACAGCCCGUGUCAUGGACUCUGAGGUCAGCAACGGCUCAGGCCUGGAGGCCGAGCGCGUCACAGACCUGCUGGUGUUCGGAUUCCUCCAAAGUUCUGACUGUCAUCUCCACCCAGAGCUGGAGCUGCUGGCGCAGGAACUGCCCGUGCAGCUUUACCCAGAGGCAGAGCUGGAAGACGAGCUGCAGACAGACGGCAGCCGGGCUAGCCGUCCCUUCUACCACGGAAGGAUACAGCCAGAUUCUGAGAGUCAGGAAGAAAUCAUCCAGAACAUUGCCAGACACCUCGCCCAAGUCGGCGAUGAGAUGGACCGCAGCAUCCAGCCCGCGCUGGUGAGCCAGCUAACCGCGCAGUUCAUGAACGCCAGCCUGUCGGAGGAAGACAGAAAGAACUGCCUGGCCAAAGCCCUCGAUGAGGUGAAGACAGCCUUCCCCCAAGACAUGGAGAAUGAGAAGGCCAAGCUGAUAAUGACCAUGCUAUUGGCCAGAAAAGUGGCCAGUCACACACCAUCUUUGCUUCGUGAUGUCUUCCGCACGACUGUGAACUUUAUUAACCAGAACCUGUUCUCCUAUGUGAGGAACUUGGUUAGAAAUGAGAUGGACUGAGGGUGCCUGCAGAAGCCAGGCUGGCUGGACCCCGAUAUGGCGAGAAUACUGAAGCUGCCUCCAAAGGAAUGGUGACCGUGUAAACAGACACUGGAGUGAAGACGGGUCCCAGCGAACAGCUGGCCCCCUCUCCAGGUGCUGGAUCCCAAGCUGGAGUCACUUAACAUUUCUGCGUUCAGCUUGAGUGCAUCUGCAGAGUUUACACCAGCUCCUGCAUCCACACCUCGUACCUUUGUGCGGCUGUACAGGUACCCACUUGAAAAUUAAACUUAAAAGCAGGCUGUAAGACAGAAAAGCACCUUUGUACGAAUGUGAGGUGACUGCUCAUGAGAGGCCAGCUCUGGGACUGGGUCUUCACCACACAGGUGGACUCCUGUUUAAGGACAAGAGCGCUAGGAGAGGGGUAUCGGCCCGUGAGAGUGACGUCCACCCAGCCUAGUGGACAGAUACCCCAGUGCUCACAAGGCCACCACCUGCCUUUGUAAAAGCCAAAUGGCUGAUCUCCCAGCCCAGCCCAGCCCUCCCAGGAGUUUAGCUAUUCCAGGGUCAACUGUCUUCUCAAGAUUUCUAUCCCAGUGGGAACAAACUGAAUCGUGCAUACAACUUGUCUGUGUGCUGUCAGUUGUUACAAUCAAGCUCUUGCUAGGGAAUGCAAAGAACAACUCACACACCAGUGUCACAGCAGAAUGCACAAGAGAACCCUGAAACAGCCGGCCAUCCAAACCGCAGCAGGCCACUCAGGUCACAAGGUGCCCUCCAGUCAAGCCGGACACACGUUCUUGGCUGCAGAGCAGAGCUGCCAUCCUGGUUCCCCAGGCAGCGAUGCAGAGUCUGUGGACCAAAGCCAGAUGCCCCCUGGCGUCUGUACUUGAGAGACACGGCCUCACCGUGUCCUCACAUGGGUACAUCUUCUGCUGAACUUCGAUGAAUUGGGGUCAUAGGCACGAGCCACCACAGCCUGCAUUCUAGUUUUGAACUCAUCCCAGCCAUGGUGGCUGUGAUGGCUUGGGUGAAUCCUGUAAAUUAGUGGAUCUUUCUUUAGUAACAUGAUCUUUGUGUAGGUAUGAAUGAGAAAUUAUUGUUAAUUCAGAGAAUACUUUUCACUCUGUUCUAAAAAUAUGUGAACUGCUGUAAGUGAUAGAAAUUUGUUUCUUCAAAAUAAAAUUAAAGGUUCUUCUCUAAAA